AUGUCCCAUGUGUCACGAAGCUCACCUCCGGAUGACUCUCGACCAUUCGAAGGACACACAGACUCCAUCAAUGCGAUUGGCUACUCUCCCGACGGCCAGUAUCUGGUGACUGGAUCGAGCGAUGGGACCGUAUGCUUCUGGGAUCCUCACACAGGUACUCAAAGGCAUCAGUAUAUGGCAGCUUAUCCAGUCCUCUCCCUUUCGUUCUCUCUAUCCGGGCGCCAGCUAGCUGGCAUUAGUGCUCAGGAGAACUUACGCGUAGCCCGCGUGUUUGUAUUGGACCUGUCAAACGACACGGCUCACGGGAUGAAGGCGGAGGUGGAUAUACUGUACGAGAGCGAUAACACACAGGUAGAACGCUCGCAUAUGGUCACUUUCUCGGCUGAUGAGCGACUCGUUGCUGUCAUGCUGCCUACUCGCAUUAUACUCCAACACGCGAGGACAGGGGACGAGAUCAUGGACGUGGUUCGCAUGGAGGGCAAUAGUCGCCUUGAAUCUCUUCUUGCGUUCAUAUCUGACGACAACCGACUUCUCUAUGCGUAUCGCGAUGACCUGUCUGAUCGCAAUGCUCCCUUGAAAGUGCAUGUCUUUGACCUGUACACCGAAACAGGAAUGGAACUCCGCCUGUCACUAAACCCUUCUCUUUGCCUCAUGCCACCUAUAGUCUGCUUUCCACUAGCGAAUACGAUUGCUGGAACACUAUCCCAGGGAGGGUUUCAGAUCUGGGACAUCGACAGAGGGGAGAUCCUACACGAUCCUUUGCUCGGGCAUCUCGACUCGACAACCAGCAUCUGCUUCUCACUAGAUGGAAAGUGGAUUAUUGAUGGUUCAGAAGCGAAGACUGUAUGCGUAUGGGAUACAUCAACAGGAAAGCGACUCUUAGGCCCGUUGAGGCACCCAUCACAACAUUCGCUCAAGGUGAUUGCUUGCUCCCCGCUCAAGGACUAUAUCGCAUGCGUAGACGUUCUCGAUGGGGUGCAUCUAUGGAACAUUGCUUCUGAAAAGCUUGUCUUGUCAUCUGUGCCAAAAGCCAACGACAAUCCGCCUCUAACUAUGACAGGCAUAACCGAGUCUCUCCAUUGGCUUCCAGACGGCAGCCGAUUCAUCAGCAGUGGUCCGGGAGACGACCAUAUAUGCACAUGGGAUGCAUCGACAGGUAAACAAGUAGGAAAAUUUCUGUUCCACGGAGGCUCUCGCAUCGGACUCUCCCCCAACGGCGAACUGCUCGCAGUCGGAUCUACUCGCAUGCUCGGAACCGUCACACUUCUGGACGCGAGCACGGGCGAAGAACACUCUCCUUCACUGAUGGAGCCUGGUUCUGCGACCCGAAAACUGGAGUUCUCACCCGACAGUUCUACCCUUGCGAUCCUGCUUAGUAAAAGCGACACGCUUCGCAUUAUGCGUGACGUGUUAGGCAAGCGCAAGCUCGACACCGCGCGCAGUUCGUCGGAGAUCGUCGACGUCGUGUUUUCUCCAGAUGGCGAUCAGUUUGCGUACGCGACCCUGAGCGAGGGCGGCGUCCAUAUUUGUGACUCGCACACACUACAAGUUACCUUCAGGGUAGCUGCCAAGGAAGCGUUGCAUAACCGCUUCUUGUCAUUCUCCCCUGAUGGUGUCCGCCUUCUGGAAUCCUGUAACGAGACGGGUGUGACGCUCUGGAAUCUCACCACAAGAGAGAGGCUGUUAGGCAUACCAGGCGGAAGGGGCUACAAGAGACAAGCGGCAUUCUCUCCAGACGGGCGCUCAGUCGUGCGGAAUUGGUCAGUCAACGCUCGGGACGCUGGGGUGGAGAUGUUCGACGCAACCAACGGCAAACGGUCAUGGAGAACCCAAGAGAAGCAGCUCGUCACAGCGCUUUCGAUUGCUCCGGGAGGAGAGCGGAUAGUUGUCGGAUUCAUUGGUGGCAUGUUGAAGGUGUACGAUGCAGGGACGGGCGAGGCAUUGCUUCCUAAGAGCAAUCAAGACUCUUCGGAAGAAGUCAGCAACGAGCGGCAGGCGCGGCGGGUUGUUGGAGCUGACUUUGACGAUGAUUCCAUCAUGAACAUGCCUGCUACUCUAAGCCGUCCCUCACGCGGGCGCUCUGAAUCGGACAGGCGUGGAAUGCAUCAGCAAGCGCUAAACAAAGGCAAAGGGAAGCAGAAAGUUGAUAAUGAAGAAGUGAAGUCCGGCAUCGUAGCGCGUUUCACCUCACGUUUUAGUCGGGGUGCGUCCAAGCCUCGCGAACCCAAUGAAGCACGCCGGCGUUGGCAUCGGGCGAUCGAGCUCGUAAGCGUUGGACGAGCUACCAACUUGCCGCGGGAGAUCGAGAUAUCGCUCAGCGAAGAACACGCAGAGAACUUGACUCUGAUGUUUCCUCCGGACCUUCGCCACCACCAUCGGCGCAUGCCUCCGCUCCACGUGCGGGAAGUAGCACGUCAAGAAGUAGCGACGAUCUUAUGGACACCGUGCGAUUCUGCCUUUGUUUUCCGCGUUGUCGCUACCGCAUUAUCAGAUUGA